CAGACCCCACCGCCGCCACACACCCCUGUCUUUUCUCCAUUGGCUGCUCAUGCUCGAGGAGCGGGUGAGCCAGCCUAUCCUGAGCGCUUCUUUGCGCACUCACCGGGAAGGGGGGAAAAGCUUUUGCGCGGGGCCUAUUGCUCAGGCUCGAUUUUUGACUGACUCCCUCCGCGCCCGCCGUUCCUCCUCACCGACAUGUGGGUCGGCGGUCAUGGUGGAUAUGAUGGUGGUGGUGGUGGAUAUACACAAUCACCUGGAGGGUUUGCAUCACCUUCUGCAACCCAAGGAGAAAAGAAAUCGAGGUCGAGAUCACAAAAUAUUGUUCCCUGUACAGUGUCCCAGUUACUGUCUGCUGAACAGGUGGAUGAUGCUUUUAGGGUCCGAGAAGUUGAGCUUUCACAGGUCAUUAUUGUGGGCGUAAUCAGGCAAGCCGAAAAAGCACCAACAAACAUUCUCUACAAAGUGGAUGACAUGACUGCAGCCCCCAUGGAUGUGCGGCAGUGGGUUGACACAGAUGAGGCAGGUAGUGAGAAUGUUGUGGUGCCACCUGGAACGUAUGUGAAAGUGGCUGGUCAUCUACGAUCUUUCCAGAAUAAAAAGAGCCUAGUUGCAUUCAAGAUCAUGCCACUUGAAGAUAUGAAUGAACUUACGAUGCACCUGCUUGAAGUCAUCAACGCACACAUGAUUCUCAGAAAAACCAACAUGUCUACAUCAGCAAAGAUGCCUCAACCACUUGGUUUGAUGGGAACGGGCAACAUGUCAAGCUAUGGAGAAAGUGGUGCCUUGCCAGUGAGUGGGCUUACUCCACCCCAGACUCAGAUUCUAAAUUUGAUUAAAAGCUCCACGUCUGCUGAGGGAAUAAGUCUUCAGGAUCUGCAGUCUCAGUUGCGUGGUAUGAAUCUGCCAAUACUCAAGAAAGCUGUUGAAUUUCUUAGCAGCGAGGGACAUAUCUAUUCUACUAUUGAUGAUGAACACUUUAAAUCUACGGACGCCGAUUAAUGCACAGUUUAGAUAUAAUGAUCUUGGUCUAAUGGUUUACUAAACCAAGAUCGUUAUAUUGGAACUGGGCCUAAGAAUCCUUUGAAGUUGACUCCUAUGGACUGAGCAGGUUUGGAAGUGAUAAUAUGCUAUACAUCUGUAGAAGGCAGUCGUCUCUUAUCACUUGAUGGUACAAAUAUUCUAGAUAUACCAGUAGUGAAAUGAUACACAAGCAAAGCCAAGUAUUUCAGAAGAAAAAAUGGGCUUCAUGGGAAGAACAUAAAAGGUUUUCAUUCCUCUUCUCUUUUGUGCUGUUUUGAAAGUGAUGACUUUGUCCAGCUGUGGCCCUCCGGUGGGCGCCAUGAUUUGCAAAUGGCAUUUUGACUUCCUCUGUAGGUGGAGGAUUAUUUUUUUAAUUCUAAAGAAGUCUGUCUACUGUUGAAUACCGAACAGCCUUCUCUCAAGAAAUAUUUGAUAUCUCAAUAAAGCUAGUUUGAUUUGCA